CUGUUUUUGACGCAGUUUGGGGAUUUCGAUUCGUGGGAGCUCGCGCAGCGAUUGGUGGACGAUUUGGACGCGAUGAAACGGGCGGGCGUGCGCGUGGUGGCGAUCGGGAUCGGGAGCGCGGACGCGGCGAGGGAGUUCUCGAAGCGCACGAGGUUUCCGCUGGAGAAUUUGUACGCGGAUGAGGGAGGGAAGUGUCACGAGGCGCUCGGUUUCGCGCCGGGACUCGGACGCGCGGGAGGGGAUUUCGCGUGGAUGGAAGACAAGACGCCGUUUGUGAACGGGUACGCGAAAUUGUUGCUGAUGUGCGCGGGGAUUGGGUCGCCCGGGACGCUUCCGGCGGUGUUCGGGGGGUAUUUUGGGUCGAAAUAUAAGGAUGAAAUCUUUGUGGAAGGAAGCAACCUGGACGUUCCGGCGAUUCGCAAGGCGAUGAAACUCACGCUCGGAGACGGUUACUUGCGGCCUUUUGAGCUUGCAACGUUGCGAUUGAACAACAUGAUUCAAAUUCUCAAUAACUGGGAAGCGUUGACGCCGAAGGAUAGCAACUUGUUGGUGCAGCGCGGUGGGGUCAUCGUCUUCGACGACGGGAAAGCUGCGUUCAGACACGACGAUCAAGGGAUUUUAGGAUUC